AUGAGGCGGAGGACCAAGCAGUCGUCGUCAUCGUCGUUCUGGUACUCCUCGCGGAGCCGUUCCUCGUCGGCCCCCGCCACGCCGAGGCCGGAACCAGCGGCGGCGAAGGCAGGAGAACCACCCGUCGGGUGCAUGUCCAUGGUGCACUACCUCAUCUUCGCGCCGGGCACCGGGCGCCCGCCCACUUCCUCCAACGCCAUCGUCACGGCGCCGCACGACUGCCAUGGCCUCGGCGGCGGCGACAGCAGCCACCGGCGGGGCGACGACAACAGCAGCAAGAGCGGAUUCGAGGCGCCCAGGAACAGCCUCGACCUCGACGCCGACAACCCCAACGACACCCAGAUUGGCGUGCAGAUCGAGCCGGUGUUCGACGCCCUCGCCAGCAGGACGACGACCAGCAUGCGCCGCUCCACCAAGCCCACCGCGCCGUCAUCCGAGGCCGAGACGCCCAGGACGCCCAGCCUCGUGGCCCGCCUCAUGGGCAUCGACGGCCUGCCGGACCAGCAGCAGCCCUCGCCGGCGCCGGCGCAACACAAGAAGCCCGGCAACACCGGCAGAAGAUCAUCAACUACCUCCACCGCCGGUGCGGGCAAGGAAAACAGCAGCAGCUGCUCCCCGCCGGCGUCCAAGGCGGAGAAGAAGAAGCGCGUGAUCCCGGAGUCCAUGAACCGGCGGGAGCCACUGCGCAGCCUCAGCUGCAACGUCGGCGUCGCCGAGGCCCGGUCGCUGCCGGACACGCCGCGCGCGUCCACGUCGGCAAGGGCGUCGUGGGACGGACCCAGACUGUCGCUGCAGGCGCUCAAGGAGAACGUCCUCGACCGCGCCGCGCACUACAUGUCCAUGCCCAGCUCGCCCACCUCCUUGUCCGCCGCCUCCGGCAAGAAGAAGAAGAAGAAGGAUCCUGCCUGCAGCCACCGCCGCCGGGACGAGAGGGCGGCCGCCAACGAGCACGCGCGCGAGAUCCUCCGCCAGGCCAAGGAGACGGUCGCCAGCCGCAAGUCUAGCAAGAACAGCACAUCCGCGUCGCCGGCGGUUGAGAAGAGGCAGAGCUGCUUUAACAACAAGGAGAACGUGAUGAUGAGUAGUCCUGCAGCUCCCGCACCGGCCAUGGAGGACGCCAAGCUGCCCGUCGUGGUUCAAGUUCAAGAAACUGCCAAGCCGACGACGGUGGCCCCAAAGCCAAGCGCCGAGCAUCAUCACAGCCCCAGGGUGGCGGCUCUGGCGCCGAGGCUGCAGCAGCAGCCGUCCCCUCCGCCGCCGCUGGACCCGCCGCCCACCCGAGCGAGGAAACCGGACGGGUGCGAGCGCUUCGCGACGCGGAUCAAGAAGCCCGCGGCGUGCCCGGCGUCCUCGCCGUCGACGUCGUCAUCAACCACGGACUGCUGCUCGGCAGCGGCGGCCGCCCGCGCCCGCGUUUCCUCGUCUUCGCCGCUGGAGGAGGACCCCGAGUACAGCUACCUGCGGACGGUGCUGGAGCGCGGCGGGUUCAUGCGGUCGUCGCCGCCUCAUCGGCGGCCGGGUCGGGGCCACUCGGUGGCGUCGCCAGUGGACCCGAUCGUGUUCCACCUCCUGGAGCUGGAGCUCCCCGCGGACGAGGCGCGUCUAGGCCCCCUCCGGCACCGGUGGAACCGGAAACUGCUGUUCCACCUGGCGCAGGAGCUGCUGGCGGACCUGCUGCUGGGCCUGGACGCCUCAUCGACGGCGAUGACGACUGGGCUACCGCUGCUGGGGAAGGUGUGGAAAAGGGUGCAGAGCUUCCCGGCGGCGGACUGCCGGGUGGUGGGCGACAUCGACGCGCUGGUGGCGGCGGACCUGGAGUCCUCGAACGUGCGGCGGCUGGCGCGGCACCCCGCGGUGGAGGAGGAGGCGGGCGACGUGGCGGAGGAGGUGGCGGACCGGGUCCUGGACGCGCUCCUCGCGCAGUGCGUGGCGGAAUCUGUCUCUCUCUCCUGCGCCGCCCACGCCCAGUCGCACCCGUCGUCGUCGUAA